AUGAAAAUAUUAUUUAUUAUCUUGCAAAUCUUAUUAAUCACAUUCUUUGUAGACAGUCAAAGCCAAUACAUAUAUACUUUCACUAAUGAUAAUACAUUCAUGAUGAUUGAUAUUAAUACUGGUGAUUUAGUUUUUAAUAAUACAUUACCCUUAAUUCAAGCUGGUAAAAAAAAUUUACAACUUUCUGUUAAAUAUAUUUCUUCAUUAGUUGAUCAAACUUUUACAACUUUAUCAAGUUAUCAACAAAAGGAUGGAGGACCAACAUUUUUUGUAACAGUUGAUUAUAAUUUUCAAAGUAAUCAAUUCUCAACUAUGUCUAAACCAGUUGUUGAUGUUGAUCUAACAAGUUCAAAUCCUGAUCAAAAAUAUAUUCAAAUCGGGAACGAUUUCUAUAUUCCAACUAUUGAUUAUUCAAGUUCAUUACCUGAUCUUACACUUUCAAAUUGGGAUUUUAAUUCUCAUUUACUUAACUUAAUUCAAAUUGAAUUACCAGAUUAUAAUUCAUCAGUUACAGUAUUUUCAAGUUACGAUUCAAUAAAUAAUAAAAUGUAUUUCAUUUAUUAUGGUAAUGGUGAUAAUGCAACACCAUAUUUAACAUCAAUUGAUACACCAAUUGUGAAUGGUAAAGUAACGAAUAUUGAAACUUAUAAAAUUCCAACUUCAAAUCUUCCAUAUUCAAAAUAUGGCGGUGAAUUAUUCGUAAUCUCAGGAACUGUUUAUUAUAUUUCCAAUGACGAGUCUGGAAAUAGUUAUUCAAUUCAUCAAUUUAAUUUAGAAAAUAGUCAAGUAACAACAUUAAUUACAUUCAAUACUACAGGAAUUUCACUUGAAUUUACACCUUAUUUCUUUUCACCAGAUUUUAAUUAUUUAAUGAUUAUGGAUGGUGGUAAUGACAUCAAUAAUUCACAAGUUACCUAUAAAUUCAUUGAUUUACAAAAUGAUUUUAACAUUAUUUAUACAUUCCAAUCUACAAAUUACUUUAACUAUUUAUCAUUUUAUUCUGAUUCAUUUUUUUAUUUUAAUGGUAAUUUUUCAAAAAGAUAA